GCGACUGUGGAGGCAACGGCUUGCUCCAAGGGAUGGCGGCAUCACUGCUAGGGGACGAGCCUCGCUUUGGCUCCACACCUCUGGCCAUGCUGGCCGCCACGUGCAACAAGAUCGGCGGGGCCUCGGCGAGACCCACGGCGCUGGCCGACCACUGCUCCUCCCCGCUGGUCGCCAGGGCCGGCUUCCACCCCUGGCGACGGCCCCCGGCAUUCGCCGCCUCCUCGGCCAACGCGUGCGGAGGGCUGGCUCGGGGCAUGAUGCUGAGCAGCGGCGCCAACAGCGGCAGCAGCAGCGGCACCGUCAGCUGUCACAGCAGCAGCGGUGGCAGCUGCCACGGCAGCGGCGGCAGCAGUAACGGCGUGGGCAGCAGCAGCAGCGGCGGCGGUGGUGGCAGCGACCCGUACGCGUACACGCAGCUCAGCGCGUUCUCGCUCGCCAACCCCGGCUCCUCCUCCUCGUCUUCCCACGGGGACUACUCGCUCUUCCACGCGCCCUGCACCUCGUCCGCGUCCUCCUCCUCCGCGUCCUCCUCCUCCUCGUCGUCGUCGUCUUCGUCGUCGUCGUCCUCGUCGGCGAACGAGCCGCCACCGCAGUCCGCGUUCGUCUCCAAAGUGCCCGAGAGUCUCCCGAGCAUGUACCCGCGCAUGCACGCGCACCCCUACGAGUCGUGGUUCAAGCCGGGCCACCACGGCCCGCACCACCCCCACCACCACCACCCUCACCACCACCAUCACCACCAUCACCACCACCACGCGGCCGCCAUCGCCAGCGAGGUGGUGGUGGCCGCGGCCGCCGCGGCCGCUGCCGCGGGCGGAGGAGGCGGCGGUGGCGGAGCCGGCGGGGGCGGAGCGGCCGCGGCGGCCGCGGCUGCUGCGGCGGCCGCUGCGGCCGCGGCGGCGGCCGGAGGAGGAGGAGGAGGGGGCGGAGGAGGCGGAGGAGGUGGAGGAGGAGGCGCGAGCGGCGCGUCGGCGUGCUGGUGGGACGUGCACCCCGGCGCGCCGGGAGGUUGGCUCGAGGUGUCCCACAACAUGCCGCUCAACGGCUACGCGAGCGACUUCUCGCUCGGCCCGUCCGCGUUCGGGGCGACGGCGUCCCCGCACCUGCUGUCGGCCGGGCAGCACCUGCUGGCGCAGACGCAGGACGGGUUCAAGGCCAUGCAGCUGCCUCCCUACGCGGAGCCCUCCUCGGCCAUGGCCGCGUCGCUCAUGGCGCACGGCGCGGGGGCGCUGGCGGGCGCCGGUCCCUCGUCGCACCACCCCUCCUCCUCCUCGUCGUCGUCGUCGUCCUCCGCCUCGCACUCGUCGCACUCCUCGUCGUCCCGCGGCUCGAGUCGCCGCUUCGCCGGGCGCGCCACCUGCGACUGCCCCAACUGCCAGGAGGCGGAGCGGCUUGGGGCCGCGGGCGCCAGCCUGCGCCGCAAGGGCCUCCACAACUGCCACAUCCCCGGCUGCGGCAAGGUGUACGGCAAGACGUCGCACCUCAAGGCGCACCUGCGCUGGCACACGGGCGAGAGGCCCUUCGUGUGCAACUGGCUCUUCUGCGGGAAGCGCUUCACGCGCUCGGACGAGCUGCAGCGGCACCUGCGCACGCACACGGGCGAGAAGCGAUUCGCGUGCCCCGUGUGCCACAAGAGGUUCAUGCGCAGCGACCACCUGAGCAAGCACGUGAAGACGCACAGCGCCACGGGGGGAGGAGGAGGAGGAGCCGGAGGAGGAGGAGGAGGGGGAGGAGGCAAGAAGAGCAGUGAGAGCGACACGGAGAACAGUAACUGCAACACCCCAGGAUCGCCCGCAGAGCCCCUGGCGAGCGAGGGACGGACCGCGAAGUGUGCCGCUGUGAUGGGGCGUCACGGGGGAUCCGGGAGCGGCAGGGAUGAGCGCUGAUGAUGAUGAUGGUGGAGGUGGUGGAGGAGAAGGGUGAUGAGGAUGAUGGAAGUUCGCACUGAAGCAUCGUGUAUAUUGAAUGUAUACACAGACGGUACGAGAAGUGACGGACUGUUAAUGUUACUUUAUAUAAACGGUGGUGAUGAUGAGAUGAUGAUGAUGAUGAUCAGGAGCGGCUAUGGUGCCGGACGUCGCAUUAAUGUUGUUGUAUCUGCAGUGUCUCCACUUGCACGUGGCUACAGCGAGUUGGGCAUUGCUCAUGUAUUCGGUUUUUUGUUUGUUAUAAACGGCGGUGACGAUUGUGUUUAAUGAUGAUCACCGUUCUCACAUCAUUGUUUGUGAUAGGUAAAUUAUACACGUGUUUCAAGUAAUAAUUCACCAUUAAAAUAAUCGCACUUUCUAAGUGAAAUUACAAUGAUUCCGUGUCGACUUGAUGAACGUAAUGACAUUUCAUUAUCCUCAUCAAUAUGCUUUACGUGCGUACAGACAUACUAUUAAUUAGGGUUAUAAUCAUCAUCAUAGUCGCCAUCGUUUAUAUGAACAUUCGAGUACAACUCUAGCAAUGAUCGCACGUGCAGACAACGUUGUUAUGGUGUGUGUAUAUAUAUACUGUAUACUGUAAUGUGUAUACUGUUCCGAAAUUUGCAUUCCUGUAAGUAGCCGUAUAACGCGUCUCCGUCUCGUGUAGUUUGGCGAGUUCAGAAGUUCUGGCUCGGUAAUUCAGCUCUCGCAUUAUCUCAACACGACCGUCGAUUUGAGUUGCCGCAGACAAAGUCGCUUCCCACUGCCACCCGCCGCCCCCGCCCAAAGCCAUCCGCAGCGCUUCCAAUUAGCCUCAAGGCGGCAGCAGCAGCAGCCACCGAUCAACGUGAAUCCGUUUGCAUUCAUCUCGUGUGCUCGCUGCUCGCUUCGACUUGGUUCGUUUCCCAGUCCGCUCGUGCUGCUGAGAGACGCGGCAGCGGCGGCGUGUUGAGUCGUGGCGGUACAAAAGCUCCCUGUCCCCUGGCCACAGACUUCAGCACGACUACACUAUACACUACACUACUAUACACUACACUACUAUACACUACACUACUAUACACUACACUACUAUACACUACACUACUAUACACUACACUAUACACUACACUCUAUACGACUAUACACUUUCCACUACACUACUAUACACUACACUAUACAAUACACUACACACUACUAUACACUACACUAUACACUCAACUACUAUACACUACACUAUACACUACUAUACACUACACUACUAAACACUCCACUACUAAACACCACACUAUACACUCAACUACUAUACAUUACUAUACACUACACUAUAAACUACACUACUAUACACUACACUAUACACUACACUAUACACUACACUACUAUACACUACACUAUACACUCAACUACUAUAACACACUAUACACUACACUAUACACUACUAUACACUACACUAUAAACUACACUACUAUACACUACUAUACACUACACUACUAUACACUACACUAUAAACUACACUACUAUACACUACUAUACACUACACUAUAAACUACUAUACACUACUAUACACUACACUAUACACUACACUAUAAACUACACUAAUAAACACGCGUUCCCAGGCCAGCCGAGCGGCCGAGUCCCGCCAGCAGGAUCGUGGUCCUGGGCCGGCCCCGGGGCCUCCUGCUCGGCAGCGUUCUCCUCGCUUGCCGCCGCCACGUCGCCGUCUUCGUCGCCAAGUGCACGCGUGCGUGCGCACUCUUCUGGCCGCAAGACAACACUCGGAGCAGUGGUUCGGAACCCACUUAGUGAGGUGACAUGCCCCCUGAGGUUCUACCGGAAUUGGCAUCGAUGUCACCCGGUGACCAUUGAAAGCAAACCGUGGGAUUUGAACGGGAUAUUUUAAGAAAAAAAACAUUAAUGUAUAUUCCGGAUUAGCUUCAGUCAGAGUUGGCAACUCUAUAGCCCUCUACAACCCGGUAAACAUGGAACGUUGGGGCCACGUCGGGCCAAUGGAUGGAACCACGUGGCAAUGUUGGUCCAACGUUGCUAUGGAUACUGGGACGUCUCUGGUCAACACGCGCUGAGAAUCGCCGGUGGAAAUUGGGAUUGAACGCAACGAAAUAUUAAAAUAAACCCACGUGCCAUGAAUUGACCAUCUGCAACAGAUAGAACGCAUCUUUUUUUCUGUCACUAAGAUGUAAAGAUUAUUAGACGUUUCGGCUGACGAUCUUCUUCGUUAACCUAACAUCAUCGACAUAAUUCUUGUUCAACGACAUUAUUGAAUUAUUUACAAUAAGACGAGAGCAAGCAGCAUUGGGAGGUAUUCUUUAGAAAAUAAUCUUCAUGAAAUCAGGGUCCGUAAAAUUAAAACUUGUAUUUGGUAAUGUCUAACCAGUGCGUCGAUGGCUUUUACCGCCUUCUCAUCGACACAACAUCAAAGCUUGUACCUUCAGCGAACCGGUUGUUCAUUGCGUGUUAGUCACUGUUAACCCUGGCCACCUGAGUUUGAUUCCUGGCCACGGGAAACGUCAUGUGGCGAGUGGAAUCUGAACCGCUCCAGAGCCCCCAACUCCACUAACCCGCCACUGACUAGCGUGGCGAAGUACAAUCAAACAAUCCUCCAGCAGUGGAUUGACAAAACCUCUGAAAUUCAUCCUCUUUGGUUCUUUCGGUAAAGUCACGUAGAUAGAAAAAUAAUUUAUAAAAAAAAUAAAAACAUCAGGAUGACGACCGCUUGUGUUGCGAAAGAAACGUUGUGGUUUGUAUUGUAUUAUUUUUAUUGACUUGUAUUUUAUCUACGUGACUUUGCGGAAAUAACCAAAGAAUAUGAAUUGCUACAGUCACAAAAAGUUUUAAGUCAAAAUUUAGCUCUGAAAUUAUUGAGUUGCAUUUGAGGUGUAAUAUUUCUCUCCGUGUUAUUAAUAGACGCACUGUUUUAUACACGAGCAAAACGCACGUUCUUUGGACGUGACCGUUCGUUCCUCCCAGCCAGCAAAACUUUUAACUUAAAACAGAGCCACCUGUUUCCACCUUUCUCUUGCCUUCUCUGUUCUGUACAUCGCAAUGUCCGUCGAUUUAUCGAUUUGUCUCCGUCUCUCAAUUCCUCUGUCCGCUCUUCAACCUCUCUCCACCGCUAUAUUCCUCUCUUCCCUCCAAUGUAUCUCACCCACUUCCCUCCCCGCCCCGUCUCUCUCCCUGUCUCUAACUCUCUCUCACCUCCCACAAGUCGCUCUCCUUGUUCCCACCUCUCCCUUUUCCCGUCGCAAUCUCUCUCGCCUCUCCCUACUACUCCUCCCCUUCCCCACUGUUCGUUGCGUUCCCUCCUCGCACUCCUCUUUCCGUUUUGCUCUCGAUCUUUCCUCUCAUUCUGACGCCCUUUUAAGUCUCUCCCAGCCCCUCCAUCUCUUCCUCCCUCUGCUAUCUCCCUCCCCCUUCGUUCCGUGGUUAGCCAGUUCGCUGUGACCCCACUGAAAUCUAUCUAUGGGUUAUAAUCGUGGCCAGAAACCUGACCUACGCACCACUGCAGUCCGCGCUCAUUGAACGCCGGAGGAACAGCCACACGACGUGAACUCUCUCACAAAGCCCCCAAGUCGUGGCGAGCAGCCCUCGACAUUGGCAUUUAGCUUCUGAACAUAUUGCCAUCAUACGCAAGAAUAGAAUAGAACCUCCCCUCCUCCAUCUCCCUCCUCGAUCGCAUUUGCGCGAGAUACACGGCAGGAUGCAAGGGAGCGAAGCGGGGGUGUGACGUCCGCACCCAUUAACCAGAAUCAACGAUGUGGGAUGUGGGUGACGUCAUCGCGCAAGUGUGCCCAGUGACGCCAUUACUCGCGCACGUGCGUGCCAGCCAGGACAGGCAGGAAUCCAGGAAGUACAGCCAGCAAAACUUUUUUUCUAAUAUAUUAUGAUGCAGUCUAUACAUGCAGUUAUGAAUUCUAUACGGCUCGAGUGCUGUUUUUUAAACAUUAUGGAUGUCUAUAAACUGUAGAAAUGUGUCCGCGAUUUUCCCAUCGAUCCGGAAAUCAGGCCUUGAUACGAAAUUUCAGAUGAUCCGGAAAACACUUUUCCCUAUCGGAUGUAUCCGAAAGGACGACGUCACGGGAAAUGGGCAUCACGUAAUAUGCCACUUGGCAUCGGGUGACAUCACUUUUGUUAGCGUCGAAGAUACCUUCAAUGAUUUACAAACUGUAAAUUAUCUGACAUUUUUGUAAAAAGAAACAACGAAUUUUUAACAAUCUGAAACUCAUCCCAAUUACACAGCAUCGACUAUGUACAGGAGCGCUGUAAUAUAGAGUGGUGUUCAUUAUAGUAAUGCACUUUGCUAUGUAUUAUGUAUACUAUAUCAUGGUUUGAACCCGCCCCGCUAUCUUGUACUAUAUAAAUGCAGUAUAUGAACUUAUAUAUAAAGGAUUCAAUAGGGACUGUUUCUCUGAUUUAGUUUAAUAUAUAUUAUCUAUGACCAUUAUCGCAUGUGUUUCGGCAAAUCUGGCUGGAUUAAAAUAUACUUUUUUUUCUUAA